AUGGCCGAUCAGCUUAACAUGAACAACCUUUCCCUAGGCGAGUCUCAGCACGCUCCCAGACGAAGCGGCGGCGGUGAAUUCGACCCCUCCGCAUACGAGUCUGUUCAUGCCAGAGGCAGCACUAGAUCUCCUGCUCUUGGGCCUGCUCUCAUCGCUAUUGCCCUCUGCGCCACCCAUCGCCGAUUUUCGGAUGGUGCGCCUUCCAUGAACGGUCACUUCGACGGCCCCAGGCUCGGCGAAGGCGGCUGGGGCGGCGCUCUCACCUUCACUCCCAGAGGCGGCAAUGGCUUCGACAGAAACGUCUACGGCAACUUCGUUCAAGGCGGUGGCGGUCAGUGGAGAGACGGCAAGCACAUUCCGGGCCCUUCCAACCCUCGCAUCGAGCGUGAGUUGCUCGGUGUCCCCAACGACUCCAACGUGCAGCACAGCAGCAUCAACUCCGAAAAACCGGCCUGGCGUGGCUCAUCCACGACUAGUUGGGUUAGACAACUUCGCGGCACCGAAAGACUCAGUCAUGAGCAAAGGAACUCUAUGACUCCGACCGCAUAUUGCACAAAAGUUCUGUUGCAAUCCAUCCAAGCGUCCAAGCCCGACCGCCAUGAAGUGUUCGCUCGCAAGUCCCGUCACUUUGCGCCGCGAGCAGUCGAGCAGCCUUGUUGUUAUGUCUUUCGUCAAAGACACCCUUCCUUUGGAAGUUUGGAGACCUCCUUGGUUGCGCGCUCCCGCCAAUACAAGCAACCCUGUGAAUCUCGCCGCAGCGCGAGAGUGUGGCUGGUCCAAGGACUCUACAUCGACUACCCCGCGUUCAACGCUCCUACCUCGGACAGUAACCCCACCUGGGCCAGCAUAGCCAAGGUCUAUGUGUGGGGCGGCGAGGGCGGUGAUGUCGGUCCUGCCAACGCUGAGCUCGAGGCUUAUCUUUUCGAGGGCGAGCACAACAGAGCCGAUACUAAGGGCAUCUCGAACAAUGAGAAGAAUACCGACGUUGGCGCUGCUAUGCGAUCUGACGCUCACGAUGCUCGCCAUGCCUUUCAUGAACGCCGGCCUUCAUCCUAG